AACUCGGUGCACGCGCACACACGCGACGCACGCAACGCACGCAUAUCUCGCGUCACGACUACGUUUCCUACAGUUUUGGAAACAGACCGAUCGGAGCAAUUCUUCUUUCAGUUGUGUCUCUCGCGCAAUAGAUUAAUCUCUUCAUCGGGAUUGCACGUUCGCGAAUCCGGAAGACGCUCUUGAUUGAUUAAUUGGAUUGUCUCUUGAAAAAUCUUGUAUAGUUUGUCGUAACAAAUGCGCAGAUUUCAGCAGGCUAAUAAAAGUAUUUGUCAAAAUUUGACUCGAAUAAUUGCAAUGAUCUAACGCGACAAUCAAGUGAUAGUGCGAUUUAAAAGAAAACAGUGCCAAUAGGCUGUAACAGUGUAUUGACAGUUUAAAAUUGAUAAAACGCUGAUAAAAGUCUCGUCGCAAAAGUGAUCAAUUGUGCUACGUGUGACGGGAAACCGCGAUAAGUCUUUAAACACAAACUCUCAAAACAAACAUGAGUCGAAAGGAACCAAUCCAGUGAAUGGUUAAAGACUGAGCUGAUAAAUGUAAUCACUUGUGGUCUUUUAUGCGGCACGCACAAUUGUGGCAGGAUAAAGACGGAGGCGUGCCAAUGUCUAGGAAUUAUUUCUUAGAACUUUCGUCACGUCUGUUUCAUGCUUGAAUAAUCAGUCAGCGAACAAUAAAAGGUCAAAGUUUCAAACCCAUUUGAACAAAUAAUUUAUCAUUUUACCAUUGUAUAAUUGUGCAAAAGUGAGAGGGGGAACGAAGUCUUAUAUAAAAAAUAAUUAAUAAUUAAACGUGCAAAAGGAAAAGGAGAAAAAGGAAAGCGGAAAUGGUCGGCGGCUUCGCUCUUACGCGCGGCAAUUAUGUUAAGUGGCCAAUUAGCAAUUAACCGGGGAGCUGAGCCGAGCGGCCCCUUAAUUGCUUGGGAAGAAGGUGGUAGCGAAGGUGGAGCGACCGAGUGAACGGGAGGAAGUGCAAGGUGCCCACGCAUCCCAGUAUCGGUUUCACGCAUCAUUUAUGUUAGAUUUUUCUUGGAUGAUUUCUGCCAACCGAUUCACUAAACUGUUUUGGAACAUUUGCACGAUUUGAAGGUUUCCAUUCAAUUUGUAGAUCGAAUAAAUCUCUGAUGAGUUUAUUAAAACGCUAAGGGUACUCAUGUUCUUGCCGGAAACGAGCGAGAUUUUUUGACCCAACGAAAAAUUAAUUGCAGCAUUCUAGAUAAGCGUCAAGAAUGUCAAGUAAUUACGUGCUCGUCGCACAGGUAGAAGAGGAGAAGUGAUUCAGAGAUCGAGUCUAUCUGGAAUUACAGUGAAGUGAAAUUGAAUUAGUGAGGGCACGAUCUUCUUGGCGUAAACUACGUCGUCACCGUCGGCAAGAUUCUGUCUCCCAGGUACCGGGCGAGUCCUGGGGUGGCGACAGAGGCACCUGCAGGUGCCCGUAGCCCGAAGGAACCACCUGCGUCUACCGUGAUGACGGUCCAUCACCAGCAGAACCACCACGUGGCCGCUCUCAGUGGCGUUGCCGUGGCCAAUAACGGCCUGAAUCUCAGCAGGAUGUCCGGCCUGGAGGCGCAUCGGCUAGAAAACAUGGUCGAUCGAAACGGCGUCGCUAUCGAACGUCUCUCCAACGGAUUGGACUCGCGCAAUAACAAUCUAAACAACAACAACAAUAACAAUAAUAACAACGGACUGGAAAGAGGCGACGCCUCGACGACGAUGCCGCAGAGAUCGAGGUUCAUGAUCACCGACAUCCUGGGCGGCGCGUCCAGCAAGGUGCAUCAGUCCGGUCUGCCUAGCCAGGAUCCACCCGGAAGUCCACCCUCAACGCCACGGGACCUCAGUGUCAGGCACCAGUCCAGAACGUCCUUGAGCACCAGUAAUCUAGACGAGGACAGCGACGCCAGCCACCACGACGGCGCUUCCGUUACAUCCAAUGGUGGCAAGGAGGAUGAUCCUAAAAGCUCGUCCUCGAGUUCCCUGGGCUCCGCACAAAGUAAGAAGCAGCGUAAAGCGCGCACGGCGUUCACGGAUCACCAGCUUCAAACUCUGGAGAAGAGCUUCGAGAGGCAAAAGUACCUAAGCGUGCAGGACAGGAUGGAGUUGGCGGCGAAACUGCAGCUGACGGACACGCAAGUGAAAACGUGGUACCAAAACAGAAGAACAAAAUGGAAACGACAAACGAUCGUGGGCUUCGAGAUCAUGGCUGAGAACAAUUUCGCCGUCGCCGCCUUUCAGCAGUUGUACGGCAGUGGCGCCGCAACUAUUCCCGCGCAUCCCGCGGCAGGGCGUUACUGGCAAUAUGCCCCUAGCGCGCACACAUUGCCCGCGAACGGAUUCUUCUAUCAGCAAGCGUCGGCCGCAGCGACUCUGCAGAAACCGCUCCCUUAUCGCCUGUAUCCGCCCACGAUGAUCCUAGCCGGGCCGAGCAAUCCUCUCGGCUCGUUGACGGCGAGCUCCAGCUUGUCGUCCCUCAGCAACUAUUAUAGGGACAGCCCGGAGAUAAUCGACGGCCGGGAGUCGACGCGAAAAAGGGAUAGGAGCAAAAGUCCGGAAUCGAGGGACCGAUCGCCGCCUAGGAAGCAGGCAAGACUGUAUCCGCUGUCGAUGAUGCAGGCAGGUCCCAGCAAUCCUCUCGGCACCCUGACGGCGACGUCAAAUCUCUCCAACAUGAAUAACUACUACAGGGGCAGCCCGGAAGAGCUGGUGGAGGGCAGAGAGAACGUGGACAGGUCGAGGAAGCAAGAGAGGAGCAAGAGCCCGGACUCUAGGGACAGAUCACCCCUAAGAAAGGACACCAGAGCUUAUCCCCCCGCUAUGAUUCAAGCGGGUCCCAGCAACCCUCUUGGCUCCCUCGCGGCCAGCUCAAAUUUAUCGAAUUUGAACAACUAUUACCGAGAUAGUCCGGAGAUAGUGGACGGACGGGAAGGUAUGAACCGGACGCAACAGCGGGACAGAAGCCAGAGCCAGGAUAGAUCGCCCGUCCAGAGAGAGGACAGUCCUCGGAGUGUGAGGGCCGACAGCGAUGACGAGAGCAUACACGAUAUCUAGGACAUGGAGAACCCUAAUAUCGCCGAUGGCACAUCUGGAAUACUGCAUGACGGCGACGGGAAAGAGGACGAAUGUAUCUUGCGGAAAAAUUAAGAAAUGGAGCUAUACAAUUUCCUUGCAAAAGAUUCCAAAAGGAUACUUUUGGAGAAUUGAUUGAGUCGAAGAGAAUAUUAGAAGGAAGUAUGAUAAAAAAUCAAGUGAUUCGAGCAGCUAGUGAGAUCUAAAGCAGAAUUUAAAAGAAAUAAUUGAUGCAAUGAUGAAAACUCAUCACGAGAAGUUGACACAAAUAAUUAAAGUUAAGCCAUCAAUUUCGUUAAGCCAGUUAAGUUUCGUUCAACCCUCAAUCCCGAACGAGAUAACGAAAUCGCUCAAACUUCAGCAGCUAACAGUUUGUAAAUAGAAAUCAACGUGGCAGAUGUAUAAUCAAAACGAUUUUUUGAUCCUGGAAAAUUGAUUGAUAACGGAACCGUUGAAGGCUCGAGCGGUGUAUAUAUAUAUAUAUAUAUAUAUAUAUAUAUAUAUAUAUAUAUAUAUAUAUAUAUACCCUUGAGAAUUUUUGUACUUGACAGUCGAAAUCGUGCAGCUAUCACGAAUUAUAAUCGAAUGCAAUCAACGUAACGAGACUUUAGAGAAAAGCUAUUGAGAUAUGUACCAAGCUUCAAGAAAAAAAAAGAGACGAUGGGUAGAAAUUAUUCGACAUCAUUGUCGCAGUCAUUUUGAAAUUUAAAGGAGGUAACAUCUCCGAAGAAGAGUUCUGGAUUCGCGAAGAUUCUGUCAAGCCAAGUCAACGAAAUUGGAUGCAAGAGAAACGCACGGCGGCCGAUUAUUUCGUGAGGUAGAACAGGAAGUGACAUGGCACGGGACGUCCGGGAUUUUGUAGAUAAUGAGAGCGAACAGGAAAUAUCGUGCGGUUAACCGAACUUCGUGAUUUGAGCGUUCAGUGAAUGGCGGGUUUUACUGUGAAACAAUACAUUUAUUCAACGUCGAUGUGCGCAAUCAGUGUGUAGAACGAAUGAAAGUAAAAAUCCCGAAACGUUGUCCUUCGGACUAAUGGAGACUCACAUUACGCUCAUUCAUUCAUUAUAUAUUUGUUCAUUAUUUUAUUCCUACGUAUGGAAUAUACGAUUGCCGGAAGGGGAGUUUAAAAUGUAUUUAUUUUCCAAUACACUUUUAUAAAGUGAAAUUAUUUAUAUUUACGCAGUGUUUUAUAUUUCGAUCACACAAUUAUCGUUGAUUAUUACUGUGAUAAUUAUUAUUUAAUUCGGAGAGAAAGAUAUAUAUAUUGAUUAAUUUUAUUGCAAAUUGGUCUCUUUAAAACAUUCAUAAUUAGAUUAUGUAUCCCCGUCUCACAAUAAUUAUAUACGCAUGUUUCAGACAUCAAUCUCUAUUAUUGAAAGUUUCCUUGCGAAAUGCUGUUAAGGCACAGAGUUUAUUAUACAAACCAAUAAUAUAUAUCAUCGUCAAAUCAUUACUUCGUCGUGCAAAAGAUCCAUUUAACUUUCUAAUAAUAUUUUAUAAUUUUAUUUAAACUAAAUUUUAAAUUCUCUCGCAUCUCUGACAAUGAGAGAAUAAAGGAACUCAUCAACCUGCGAUGAAACCGAUCGAUAUUCACAAUCAUUCGGCGAAAUUCGGCUUCUCAAAUUUAUCUCAGAUACUAAUCGAUUCAACCAAGCGCUGCCGUUAUCACGGCAUAGAAUUAAAUACCGGGCUUAGAAAAUCCGGGUCGGGCUUUUACUGCGACAGGGAAAGGAGUGGGGCGCGGUGAAGGGGAGGGGGAGAGGGGGGGUUCGUGCAUCGAGGAACGGUUAUACGGUCGCGCCAGGAAACGGGCCAAUCGCGGACGAACGCGAAUCUACAAUUAAUAUGACAUUAGGGGGGACCUGGCCGCGGGGAAAGAAAUCUAAAAUGACACGAAAUUACACGCAGUCGCCGCGAACGACAGAAAAGGAACAGGGGGGGACAAGGAGGGGGCGGCUCAUUGAACGCGCGAGGAAGCGGUGGGGGGAAUAGAAAGAGAGAGGGAGGGCGUCUCAACUAUUCAAAUAAUCAGCGUUCUCGUGUGUCGGCGAAGCGAAACCGGCAUUUUGCCCGCCGCCGUUCUUCCUCUC